UCGGUUAAAAAAACAGGAUCGCAUGGUUUCCGGGAAAACCUCAUUGACUCUCGAGUCUCAACUCAAAAAUCAAUCAAGAUUCGGAGCUUUCGCCGAAGAUGCACUUGGAAGACACGUCCACACUCGUAGUUCCAUGUGCCGCACCUCCCUUACCAAACUUUGUUGGCAUUCGAUUCAUUGAUUAACCUUGGAAGAGAAAUCUCGAAAAUCUUUUUCACAAGAUUUUCAGCUCUCGAGUUAAUCUCCGUUGCUUAUUGUAACUCUCAUAUUGAUUUUUUCAGGUCGUCGUUUAGAGUAACUAAUUCCCAAGUCUCAACCGGAUGAACCGAGGAGGAGAUAUCUUUUUCUGUCAUUGAACUCUUCAGGUAGCAUAGUUUGUCAAGAUUAUAUUGGUUAUGGGAGGUAAAAGCUCAAAGGAUUUGAGUGGAAGAGGGUAUCCACAAGCAGGCCCGGUGGUUCAGAUUCAUGGAGUCAUUAUGGAUACCCUCCACAAUCAGGUAUCCCCCACAAAAUGCUUAUUAUACACCACAGCAUCACUAUGCUCCACCUCCCUCAAGUAAUUACAGAUCGCGAACAUCCCGUCAAGGGCAUAAGAUUGUGAAAUACUCAAGGAUAGAUGAUAACUACCAAACACUGGACCAGGUUACUGCUGCCUUGCACAAGCUGGCCUUGAGUCCUCUAACCUUAUUGUUGGUAUUGAUUUCACAAAGAGCAACGAAUGGACAGGUGCAAGGUCAUUCACCGCAAAAGUUUGCAUCACAUUGGGAAUGGCCAAAAUCCCUAUGAACAAGCUAUAUCAAU